AUGGCUCCCCGGACGCCCAUCACAGCUACGUCAACCUGCCCCGCCGACGUCUCCGGCGUACAGUCUCCGGCUGCAGUUCGAGGGCAGCAGUCCGCUGUGUCGAUACGGGAGCUUAUGGGUGAAUAUCCCUCCUGCGAGCUGAAGCCGGACUUCAACAAAGACAUCCACGUUGAUAUUCCCAUCGCUAUCUCCGGUGCUUUCGACUACUACUUCACUUACCGUCAGCUACCCGAGCUCUUUGGGCCGGGGUCCGGCUCUGAUACUGGGAAGGAGACCCGGUCUGAGACGUAUUAUCUCAACGUCCGCCCAGCUAUCACUCUCAGGGGCAAGGCCCUGCCGCUAGAAUCUCUAUCUAUCUUUUCUGUAGUGUCCAAGUUCAUGGGAGAUUAUCCCAAGGACUGGAACAAACACUUACGUGGGAUUGGAGAGAGGGGGUACAAUGUUGUCCAUUUUACUCCUCUCGUGAAGCGAGGAGCUUCAAACUCGCCGUAUAGCAUUUACGACCAACUCGAGUUUGAAGUGUGUUUCCCCAAUGGACAGAAGGAUGUGACCGAGAUGACGGCGAAGAUGGAGAAGGACUAUGGGCUUCUGGCGCUGACGGAUGUUGUUUGGAACCAUGUUGCACAUAACAGCCAACUCCUUGAAGACCAUCCAGAGGUAGGGUAUAAUAUCAAGAAUGCUCCAUGGCUUGAAGCUGCAUUAGAACUAGACACAGCGCUAUUGCAGUAUGGUAAAGACCUUGCGAAGCUGGGGUUGCCUACAGAAUUCAAGUCAGAGGACGAUAUCUCGGUAGUGCUAGACAAAGCACGGGAAAACGUCAUUGACAAGAUAAAGCUCUGGGAGUUUUAUGCUAUUGACGUUGAAAGAGACGCUGCAGCAGCACUAAAGUCGUGGGAAUCAGACAAUUUUGAAGAUGCUGAGCUUGGAAAUGCAGAAGAGAUUCGAGGAUGGUCAAUGGAGAAGAAGGCAAAGUUUCUUCGUCAAAAGGGGGUAACAAAUGCCAACCGAGUUCUAGGACGAUAUGAUCGGAAAGUGGAUCCAAAGAUAGCCGCUUCUUUCCUCGCAGCCAUGUUUGGAAGACAUGCUGAGUCCAAGGUUGAUGCUUCGACGGUCAAGGUCGAACUUCGAAAGCUGCUCGAUGCUGUUAACCUUCCGCUGUUCAAGGAAUUCGAUAAAGAUGUCACCACCAUUCUUGACCAGCUCUUUGGCCGGAUAAAAUAUCUUCGAGUUGAUGACCAUGGCCCAAAGAUGGGACCUGUGAGCCAUGAAAGCCCGCUUAUAGAGACUUAUUUCACCAGACUUUCCUCAAGUGACAAGAGGGACCCCAGGUUGCUUGCUCUGGCGAAUAAUGGGUGGGUAUGGAAUGCGGAUGCAAUGAAAGACAAUGCUGGUCCUGACUCUCGUGCAUAUCUGUUGCGAGAGGUCAUUGUAUGGGGCGACUGUGUCAAGUUGAACUAUGGGACAUCCCGGGACGAUAAUCCUUUUCUAUGGGACUAUAUGGCGGAUUACUCCAAGUUAAUGGCCAAGUACUUCGUGGGUUUCCGCAUUGAUAACUGCCAUUCAACGCCCAUUCCGGUGGCUGAAUAUCUCCUUGACGAAGCUAGAAGAGUGCGGCCCAACCUAGUCGUCUUCGCGGAGCUCUUCACCGGAUCGGAGCAAACUGAUUAUAUAUUUGCUAAAAGACUUGGUCUGACAGGGUUGAUUCGCGAGGCUAUGCAGGCUUGGAGUGCUGGCGAACUUAGUCGACUCGUUCAUCGUCAUGGAGGACGGCCGAUUGGUAGCUUUGAGGCAGACCUGUUAUCUCACGGUGACCAUCGGGAAUCCAACCAGAUCCUUAGGCAGUUGCAAUAUACGCCUCUAAAUGCCCUGUUCAUGGACUGUACGCAUGACAAUCAAAUGCCUGCUCAGAAACGUGAAGCAAGAGAUACCCUCCCUAACGCUGCAUUGGUUGCCAUGUGUUCAUCUGCAAUCGGAAGUGUGAUGGGAUAUGAUGAGAUUUAUCCCAAACACGUCGACUUGGUUAACGAGACACGCCUGUAUUCGUCUGCUUUCUCUGACGGUGGAGUGAAGUCUAGGACAGGUGAAGGAGGUAUCGGCGGGAUAAAAAGGCUACUGAACGAGCUUCACACCAGCAUGGCUGUAGAUUGCUAUGAUGAAACCCAUAUUCAUCACGAAGGCCAAUAUAUAACUGUUCAUCGCGUCCAACCACACACAAGGAAGGGUGUUCUGCUCAUUGCCCAUACUGCUUUCUCUGGCUCCAAGGAUGAACACGGCCUUGAUCCGAUUGUUCUGUCCGGAACUAACGCUAAGAUGAUAGGUGCCUGGAAAUUGGAGAUAGUUUCUUCCAAUGGGGAUGCAAAUACGAAUAAAAGAUUCAUAAACGGACUUUAUAGCAAGGUUUCCAAUAUUGAAGGAGUCAGCAUCGAGAACGAUGGUAACAACACUAUUAUUCGUGUACCAGCCGGCCUCGUCCCUGGGUCUAUUGCACUUCUGGAGACCUGGUUGCCAGAAACAAAUCUGCUGAAAGACCUGAGUACUUUCAUUACGUCUGACGCCGAAGCUUCAUUCAAGUCCCUAGAUCCUGUCGACUUGAACUUCGUUCUGUACAAGUGCAAUGCUGAAGAAAGAGACAUAAGCGAUGGCUCAGAUGGAGUAUACGACAUUCCAAACUUUGGCCCACUAGUAUACGCCGGGCUCCAAGGAUGGUGGAGUGUUCUUGAGGGAGUUAUUCGGAAUAACGACGUGGGUCACCCUAUAUGCGAUAACCUUCGGAACGGACAGUGGGCUCUCGACUUUAUCGUCCGCAGAAUGCACAAAGCGGCUUCCAAUGAAGGAUACGGACGACUGAAGGAACUGGCGGAAUGGCUUCAGGGUCGAUUUGAUGCCAUCAGAAAGCUACCUUCCUUUUUGUUGCCACGCUAUUUCGCCAUCGUUGUUAAAACGGCGUAUGACGCCGCUUUAGCACGAGGUAUUCAGCUCCUUGGUGUUACUAUUGAGCAUGGUAAGGAUAUUAUUCACGAACUUGCAAUGGUCAGCAUACAGCAAGUGGGAUUCGUCAAUUCCGCAUCACUGUACCCAACCAAGCGUGUACCAUGUCUCGCCGCUGGUCUGCCUCAUUUCUCAACAGACUGGGCGAGAUGCUGGGGGAGGGAUGUUUUUAUCUCUUUACGUGGUCUCCUCUUGUGUACAGGAAGAUUUGAAGAAGCGAAAGAGCAUAUCCUUGCAUUCGCGAGCGUGUUGAAGCACGGGCUCAUGCCUAAUCUGCUUUCAGAUGGAAAGGCACCGCGGUAUAAUGCCCGUGAUGCGGUAUGGUUCUUCCUCCAGGCUAUCCAAGACUAUACCAAGAUUGUGCCAGAUGGAAUCCAGGUAUUGAAUGAAAAAGUCCGUCGUCGAUUCUUGCCAUAUGACGAUACAUGGUUCUCCCAUGACGAUAGCCGUGCAUAUCGUGAAACCUCAACUGUGGCUGAAAUCAUCCAGGAGAUAUUUCAACGUCAUGCUUCGGGUAUCACAUUCCGUGAGUACAACGCAGGUCCUAACCUUGAUAUGCAGAUGAAGGAUGAGGGUUUCCAGGUUGAUAUUCGUGUUGACUGGGAAACAGGUCUGGUAUUCGGAGGAAACCAAUGGAAUUGUGGUACAUGGAUGGAUAAGAUGGGUGAAAGCACCAAGAGCGGAAACAAGGGUCAUCCAGGAACUCCUCGGGACGGUGCAGCUAUUGAAAUCAGUGGGCUGCUCUAUAGCACUCUCUCAUGGCUGUCAACUCUCGCAGACCAGGGGAAAUUUCCUUCCAAGGGCGUUGAAGUUGGCUCUGGAAAGUCAAUUUCUUAUGCAGAAUGGGCUGCGAAGAUUAAGUCCAACUUUGAGAGGUGCUAUUACAUCCCCGAAAACCCGGCUGAUGAUGGCAAAUACGACAUCGAUAGCAGGAUCGUUCAUCGACGUGGUAUUUAUAAAGACCUCUAUCGAUCCGGCAAGCCAUAUGAAGAUUAUCAGUUCCGACCUAACUUUUCAGUUGCCAUGACUGUUGCCCCCGACUUAUUCACACUGGAGAAAGCACUCCGCACGCUCGAAUUGGCUGACAGCGUUCUCCGUGGACCCAUGGGUAUGGCGACGUUGGAUCCCAAGGAUCUCAACUACAACCCAUAUUAUGUGAACUCUGAAGAUUCCAUCAACUUCGCAACUUCAAAGGGAAGAAACUACCACCAAGGACCAGAGUGGCUGUGGCCCACUGGGUAUUUCCUGAGGGCCUUGAUGAAGUUUGUCUUGAUGCGACGAGACAGUCCCCAGGACCGCACGGAUGUAUUCCAGCAACUCACAAAUCGGCUGGAAGAAUGCAAAAAGGCACUUCGCACUAGCCCUUGGAGGGGGCUGACUGAACUGACAAAUAAGAGUGGCGAGUUGUGUGCAGACUCGUCUCCGACCCAAGCAUGGUCUGCCUCGUGCUUGAUUGAUCUCUACUACGAUGCAUCGCAGUUGAGGAAGCUUGAAUGA